UCCAUCCGAGCGUAACUCCGAGCUCCCGCUGUUACAGCCGCCUCGGGCGAUGGAGCGGCGUGAAUCUCAAGCGUAGUCUACACGUCCGGCCAGUGCGAAAACCUUAUUAAAAAUAUUUGAAACGCUAUUCAGUGUUUUCCACUAUAUAUAAAAAAAGACGCCAAAAUGACUAUCAGGACAAACCACGAUCAUGGACAGCAUUAUCGACCUCGAAUGGCCUGUCUAAAGAAGGUGGAUGCCUUGGUGGUGGAGAUGCAGGACCCAAAAAAUGGAGUAAAAUUUCAGGAACAGAAGCUGGUCAUUACCACAAUCCCCCAUGCCAUGACAGGUCAGGACAUCCACGCCUGGAUCGUUAAGCGUUUGAAGGUCACUCCUGAAGAGGCGGGUGCUUUCGGCACCAUGCUGGUGGCGUAUGGGUACAUCUACCCCCUGCAGAACCACAAGAAGCUCGUCCUCAAAGGCGACUCCAGCCUCUACCGCUUCCAGACCCCGUACUUCUGGCCAGCGCAGAAAUGGCCCAUGGACGACACCAACUACGCCAUCUAUCUGGCCAAGAGGAACAUUCGUAAGAAAGGUGUCCUGGAGACGUACGAGCAGGAACACUACAACCACCUGCACAAAUGGAUGAAUCACAAGUGGGACUUCAUCGUGCUGCAGGCGAAGGAGCAGCACAAGGCGGGGAAGGAGCGGAAGAAGCCGGACCGCGUGGUGUUCGAUUGCCAGGAGAGAGCCUACUGGAUCGUCCACAAGCCUCCGCCCCGAACCUUCAGCGCCAUGGACUACGGGCUGGACCGACACAUUGACCCAAACGAGGAAGAGAAAAAGAGCAUUGAGCACUACAGGAGAAUUAUCAUCUUCGUUCAGCAGUACAUAAUGCGGUCCAGGACCAAGUCCACGGUCUCUCUCGGAGCCCUCGUCAAGUUUGUCACGACGUACAAGACGCACGACCCCUUCCUGGCACCGUGUCUCCCUAGCAACCCCUGGCUAACAGACGACAGCACUUACUGGGAGCUGAACAUGCCGAACGCGGAAAUCCCAACUCAGAUGCGUGUGGAACACUGGACCUUCAGCUUCUACGAGCUCCUGAACGACCCUCGCGGACGGGCGGACUUCUGGAAGUUUCUGAAGAAGGAGUUCAGCGGGGAGAACUUGGCCUUCUGGGAGGCCGCAGAGGAGAUGAAGUGGGGAACCGCUGACUCCAUGAAGGAGAAGGCUGAGAGCAUUUACAAGACCUUCCUGGCCCCAGGGGCUCCCCGCUGGAUCAACAUCGACCAGAAGACCAUGGCCAUCACGGUGAAGGGCCUGGACCACCCGCACCGCUACGUCCUGGACGCCGCGCAGACCCACAUCUUCAUGCUCAUGAAAAAGGACACCUACGGACGCUACCUGAAGUCUCCGGUGUUCAAGGACACGCAGAAGAAAGCUCUGAAUCCAGAGGCACACAACUUCAGUGAUGCGCAGCUGGAGCAGAACGCCCGUAACCGCAGGCCCGGAAUCCAUCCCAUAAUCCUCUGGCAGCAGGCGGAGGAGGAGAAGGCCAAGAUAGCGGCCGCCACCAAACAGGUGGACAUCAAACAGGCGCAGGUGUCCCACCUGGCUCUGUGUUCGGUCCACUGGCAGACGGCCCUCAACCGGGUGCACCUCUCUUCAUCGCCCGCUCGCUGCUCCUCCUCCUCCUCCUUCAGCGCGGCCACGGAUGCCCCGCCCACGCCCAGGAGGGAUCGCCGGGGAAACGGCGGCCCCGCCCCGACCCCGCCCCCCCCUGAGCGCGGAGACGUGGGCCUGUCGGAAGCGCUCGGUGCUGCGGGCGAGGCGUCGGGGCCGUGCGGAGAGUUCCGGAAGCCGACCCACCGGCGCCGUAUGACCCUGGCUCUGCACCCCUCCCCCUCGCCCAAGUGCGCCCCGCCCCAGCCCGCGUGCACCCACGCUGACGCCGAGGGGGGCCAGCGCUCCACCCGCCCCAGGCCCAGGACCAUAGCCCUCUUCUUUCCGAACGAGGAGGACGACGCCCACGAGAGGCUGCAGCGCCUCCUGGAGGAGCGUCGGGAGGCGGCCAGGGUCACCAUGCAGGAGGUGGUCUGCCCCUGGGAGUCAGCCAACACACAGAGCUACUUCCCCCGCUGACCAGCAGGGGGCACCAAGAUCACCCCCUCGCCAAUACUACCCACAGACACACGACAGCCUUCAACACACUCAGCUCAAGAACACAACAGAAUAAUGCUCAUCCCCCACCGUAGGCUUCUGUGAAAGCUUUCUGUAGGUUUCUGUGAAAGAUUUCUGUAGGUUUCUGUGAAAGAUUUCUGUCUGUGCAGUGCCGUUGUUUUUAACCAAUGUGUUUACAAUGAAAAACGCUCUGUAGCGAGGAAGAAUAUGAUUUAUAAAUAAUAGCAGCUUUGACCGAAAUAAAAACAAACUGAAGACA